GGGGUCGAGCAUCUUUUUUUUUUUGGUCCGUUUUAGAUGGUGGCAGGAGCUCCGUGCAGCCCAAACAAAAAUGACCAAACUGCAAUUUUUAAACGUCUUUUUGACUGAGCGUCUCAUGCUUGCUGCGCAGGAGAUUUACAAAUCUGUCGAGGACACGAUUUUGGAGUACCAGGAGGAGAUAGCGAUCCGGGAGCGGGAGAACGACCAUCUGAGACGCAGGCUGCGAGACGCUGGGAUUGAAAUAUGGCCAGAUCGUCCGUCCAUGGCGUUGUUGGACGAGGAGGAUGGUGAGCAUCCGCGACGCGAGUGGAGUCCCAGCAUGGGGCACGAAGAACGCAUUCCUAUUCAGAUCAAGGACAAAAGAGAUAUGCGGGCCAACCAAGCAGAUGAUCAGCUUCGGGGACAUGGUUCUUGCAGCACACCAGAAAAUAUGUUCUCUCCUCCUCGUGUUGGAAAUGAAUAUCCCCAGGAUGGCCCACACACAUCCAACGUCCCGCAGAAUCAGGGUGUGGAAAACAGGGAAAGGGAUCCUGGAUCUCGAGGUCCCCCGAGGCAUGUGAAGGCAGAGAGUGGAGCUGGCCACAGAGGCUCGACUUCCUCCAACAACGGCGCCCAGCCUCUUGCACCGGUCAAUCCAAACUGCUCAAACGAGAACAACAUUGACAUUAUUGGGGUGGAGAAUGGCGGACAGAUGGUUGGUGCUAAGGGUGCUGGAAACGGAGCGAACAGAGGACAGGCUUCUCACAUGCGGAACCAGGGAGCCAGCGCCGUAGACUGUCCCCAUCAGAAAUCCCCCCUACAAGGCCACAUGUCUUCUUUCUGUUGCAAAGUUUGCGGUGAGGCGUUUAGUCACAUUGGCCACUUACACGUGCAUGUACAAGUGCACACUCGGGAAAAACCUUACCGCUGUGGAGUAUGCGGAAAAUGCUGCAGCUCCUCAGGCAGACUUCAAGAACACCAGCGUAGCCACACGGGAGAAAAACCGUUCCGCUGUCAGAUUUGCGGAAAGGGCUUCACACAGAUGGCUCACUUGAAGGUGCACAUGAGGAUCCACACGGGAGAAAAGCCAUACAGUUGUCCUGUGUGUGGCAAGUGCUUCAGCCGCUCUGACAAAAUCAAAAGGCAUCUUCAGACCCAUAGCCGUGAGGGAACAUAUUUCUCAGGGCAAUGAUGCAACUGUGUUGCUAUACAAUCUGUUGUGUGAAUCUUGAAGAAACUUUUCUAUAAAAAGCUCAAAUUGCUGCCAUUAGGACGAUGAGUUGUUUCUUCCAAUAUUUCAGGAUCGAAGAAUUCUGCAAAUCCUGGAGAACUUUUGUUUUUCUAACCUAAUAAUCCUCAGUCCAUCAAUAGAAUUUAUAUUAGCCAGUUUAGUUUGUUGUUUAACACAUUUUUUGUACUUGUCACUGAGUGUUAAAUAUUUGACACAAUUUGCGUUAUUAGCUAGACUUUCUGUAAUAUCUAGCCUUUCUUUAGUCAAAUAAAUAGCAUGAAGAAGUCUUCCACCCACAUCUUGAAGCUGAGACACAUCAAGAUCUGCAAGAUUGUCCAGCACAGUCACAGCUUAUGAGCAGCCGGUCACUUCCAAGUCACACAUGAGUUUUAAAAUCUCUCACUUUAUGACUUAAACUAAAGAGCAAUGUAUGUAUAAAAUCAUCUUAAUUUUAUUAGCUAACAAACAGAGCUAAUAGUGAUGGUUUGGUAAAUAAAACCUGUGUAUUACAUGGCUAAAGCACUGCCGUUUAAAAAAAAAAAACUUUUAUUUUUAAAUGUAGCAUUUUUUUUAAAAGAAAAAUAUUAGUGUUGCCAAAAAGCCCUGUAAACUGGAGAUGUGGCUGAUAUAAAAGGAAGAGUAUGAUCUAACAUUUAUCUCCAACAAUUUUCUUAUUGUCUAACUUAACUUUCUUUUUUUUUUUUAAAUUAGGUGCUGUUACAUUAAAUACUUACAUGCUGCUAUCUCACAUGAGCCCUUUUCAGACAUGCUUGCCUUAUCAGCCUGUUAAACUUACGGCACAUGUCAUUUUAACACAAACUUUUGUGUUCACAUAACUUACUGCUUCCACUGCAGAGAUGAAGAGUCGUGCAAACACAGUUUUUCCUGUGUGUGCAAUGUGCACACUUUAGGGUUAUUUCUCUCUGUCAUUGUUGUCAGGAGAAGAGUCUCUCUGUGUGUUGCAAUGAAGGUGCUGCUGAAAGAAGCGUCCCCUGACCCUCUCACACAGGCUCGGACAGGUCCCUACCUGUUCUGUAUUACGCAGCUAAAAGGCAUCACAAAGGAAUGUCUGCUGAGCUGAACACCUGUCAAAGAGCACAAGAGGCAUGCGCUUUGGCAUUCUUGUGUUUUUAUCUAUCCAGUAAUGUGACUGGAUGUAUUUCAGACUUGUGCACAAAGUGGCACAUUACAAGGUCUGACUUUAGUGAGGUUUGACCUCUACAGAAAAGUGUCCAAGGUGCAUUAGGAUACUGUGCGCAUGUCUGAAAGUUACUCUUGUUUCAUGAUGUUGAUUAAAAGGAGGAUACAUCUGUCAGGAGAGUGCACCACUAUUUUGUGAGAUUCUGUAUAAAAUCCACUGUUUCUGACCCAUUAUACAUUUAGGAAUUUUGUGAUGUCUUUUUUUGUUUGUUUUAACGACAUGCACUAUUGCAUUAGUCCUGGAUGAUGCAGGAAUUGACACUAUGACAGGACCAGGCAGUAUUAGCAGAAACUGUGUGGUUUUUCAGGGAUUUCAUUCACAGUAGUGAUCAUUUAAAUGUUUUUGGAGUGGCCUCCCUCCACUUAAGAGUUAUGAUUGGUUUUUCAUGGAUUAAAGUCCUUCCUCUUCACAGUGAUUGAUCCCUUCACAGCAGAUCCAUCAGUUUCUCCUCUCAGGAUUAAUGCUGCAUUCAUAACUGGGGGCAGUUGAGAAGCAUUAAACAGUCAUGAUCAAUUUAAUUUUUUCUCUGCUUGUAGCUGAAGUAAAUACAAAAAAAGAAACUUGUAUCCACGUAUCGUGCAAAAAGAUGAACGAUAACGAAAGAGUGGUCUUUCCAGAGUGUGUCAGAGCUCAGUCGCUAAGGAGGCCUUGUCUCGCAUCAUUUGUCCCUCUACAUGUGAUGAAUGCAGCAUGAAAAAAAAAAAAGAACUAAACUCCAGCACAUCUUCUCAACUUACCAGCAGCCCAACUCACAGUCUUCUCUGGGACAUCUUUGUUCCCCUGCGCACACAUUAUACUGUACAGUGUUGUAUCAAUAUGUAUUAAAUGUUAUUUUUUAAUAAACUAGCAGUUGAGUAUU